AUGUCGCCACCGCCACCUUCACCUGGUUUUAUAGCCCCGCCGUCGCCGCCGUCGCCACCAUCGCCGCCGUCACAAAGUUAUAUGACCCCUCCUGGAGGAUAUUAUGGGUAUAUGUUUACAUAUCUGACUUGGGGUUCAUAUGCUAGUUAUUUAGCGGGUGCAACCUCAUCACCGAUGGUCGCGACACAGACACCUCCUGUACAUUUUUCACACUCAUCGAUGUCUGGGUUUUAUGAGUUUUCGCAGUUAUCUAUAAGCGGUGGGAUAGUCAGUCAUACACCUCCAGGGUCCUUAUUCUAUGAAGGUGUUACAUCAUCAUCAGUUUCUCAUCAACAAAAUCGAGGAGUCAUAACCAGUUAUACGAAGAAAUCCUCCUCGAGACAAACAACCACCGCCCUGCAAAACACAUUUGCACCGUAG